UCACUAACAAACUCGGCAAAAAAAGAACGAGGGAAAGCAUGUGAUAUUUUUUUUCAAAUAUAAUUUUUUUUUAGCUCAAGAGCAAUUUAUGCAAAAAGAGAAAUUCAUCUAUAAAAAUCAAGUCGGUUUUUGUGAACCCCUUACCAUCGAAAUGGUCGCCAGUUUAGUUACAAAAGAAAUCCAUCGCUUACUGGAGCCUAGGUUACGUUUGCAACCUAAAAAGCUAAGUUUUGAUUUAUACACCAGGCGAAAUCCUUAUGAAAGGCAAAUAUUGAACACGGGAGAUGAGAAAGCCUUAAUCAGUUCACAUUUUAACAGUUCUUGGCCAGUAAGAUUGUCUAUACACGGAUGGAAUGGUCGAACAACUACAUGUUCAAAUGCCGCUAUUAAGGACGCAUAUCUUGAGCGGGGCGAUUUUAAUAUGAUUUUGGUUGAUUGGAGUGACUACGCUCACGAUAUCAACUAUAUUCGUGUAGUUGUGGGAAUUUUUGAAAUUUCCACCAAAUUAAACGAAUUUACUCGUUUUCUUCACGAAGUAGCGGACGUAUCCUACGCGGAGAUGUACUUAAUUGGCCAUAGCGCUGGCUGUCAUAUAGCUGGUGUUGCUGGCAAACUUCUAAAACCCGACAGGUAUGGUGCCAUUUACGCUUUGGAUACCUCUGGUGUCAUUCAUAUGCGUCUUAAUGAGAAAUGGCGUUUAACAGCGAACGAUGCGAUCUACGUUGAAUCCAUACAAACUGAUAUUGCCUUAUUGGGUUUUACGUCAUCCGGCGUAGGACACGCAUCAUUCUAUCCUAAUUGGGGUUUGGGUCAGCCACAUUGUCCGAAUGUAAACAAAAUGGAACCGUACUUUGCCUGCGAUCAUUUUGGUGCUCUCUAUUAUUUCGUUGAAUCUAUACGAAAUUCGACAGCAUUUGGAUCAAUUAAAUGUAAAAAUUUCGAUAGUAUUUUAAUGCAAAAAUGCAAUUGUGGUAAGGCUCGAAAGGAAUGUCCAGCGCAAGUGUAUAUGGGUGGCGAGCCGGCCGUACAUAAACGGGGAAUAUUUUAUGUAAGCACGCGCGGAGAAAUGCCUUUCGGUAAUGGCGAUGUGUGUUUAAUGAAACGACCACUUCGUCCUACCGUAUUGCGAAUCCAAUUGUUGAUGCUUUUUCAAUUUUCGAUUCAUCUGGGAAAGAUAUUUUCAAAGGACCUAUUGGAUUACCCGGGAACUUCAAAGAUAUGACUUUUAACAUACGGAAUUUUAUAGUCAUCAUUGAUGGUCUUGGCGCAGAAGAACAAUUAAAUAAAGAGCCUCAGAACGAUAUUUUCGUAGCGCUUAAUAUUUAAACUGCUGGCUGUUUCCCACCAUGGUAUGCCGUACGUCCAAAUUAUUUGGAGGAUACUCUUAUCUAAAAAGGCAAUUAUGAUCGAAAUUAAGACACAAUUCUGAAACUAUCAGCUGACAAAAUAUGCCGUUUUUUAAGUUAAAUUGUUAGCGUUUGGCUUUUGUGCACAGCCUUUCCACAUUAGUCUCAACAUGUAAGUCGCAACAUUUCACCCAAUGAAUUGUGUCAUUCAUCGUAAUUGAAAGAAAAGAAUAUUUGCUCAGCAUGAACGUUAUAUGCGUAUUCCAGCGUUACUCUUGACAUCCUUUUGAUUUAGUUAAAGCGAUGAAAAUAAAAUUUGUUAUGCCUCUAUGCCUAUCUUGAUAUUUUGCAGUUCAAAGAUAAUCAGCAAUCGAAAAAGUUAACGUGAACGUAGAGUGCUAGGUUCAAUACCCUUUCCAUCUUCAAUCUAUACACAUUUACAUUAUCACAUCAUAUUAGUGAUAAGGACACCUGUAAGUGUCUUCUUUCUUUUACUUGUAUUAUUUUAAAAGCAGGUCAUGAGAACGCAACCUCAUACUUUUCAAGCAUCCCCACUUGUUACUGUUUAUUUUGGUGAAUUUUUUUGAUUUUGGUUUUUGUUAUUUCAUUUUAGUUUUUUUAUAUCCUGCACCACUCUUGG